ACAAGCCUUAACUUUUCACCUCCAGUUUCAAAUAAGGAACUCUUAUCAGCUUCUUGAGUAUAAGCACAUUUCAAUAUCCCAUGCAUCUUAGCAUGUUGUAUUAAAGACACCAGCGGUUGGAAUCCCAACAUUCUCUUUUCCCAACAAACAUUGCCUUAUUUGUCCUGUUGGGCAUCAUUGAGUAGAGUCUACAGUCAUCUCAUCCCCAAGCCCCACAGCGUACAUUUCAGAUACAUAAGUUAUUUUAGAUGAGUAGUGUUUUUCUAGCCCUGUACAAGGAUGCUUUGCUUGUGUAUGAAAGUAGAGAUUGAACACUGUCUGUCUCCCAUAUAUUGCAAUUAUCUUGCGUUCAUCUUCUGUGCCUUGUACCACUCUCUUCAAAUACAUUUAUGCCACGUUUACUGUUCACAGGUGCAUCAUUUUGUGAAGAUGUAUUUUAAUAACAUGUAAUUAAUUAUAUUUUAGAGAAAACGCUGGUGUAGUUUGGUUUUGGUAUAUUGUUUGUGAGGUCAUGGGAAUAUGGCUAGAUGGUUGCUAGGAAUUUUUUUUUAUUGAGAAUUUUUAUACCUUUUAAGACUUAAAAGACAUGUCGACAUCAGCCAUUUUUAUUAUCUGCUUUUGUAUAUCAGUGAUUCUCAACCAUAGUGUGCCGUAUGUGAGCGAUCAUCAAGGAGGAGCUACAUUUCGUCAGGCCACAGCCUUGUCUAACAAAAAAAUAGUCCUUUGCCGAAUUCUUGUGGCAUCUACAGGCAAUUGCAAACCUUUUGGUUGGUCGUCAAUUACUCGCGGAGUUUUACUAUUCAGGUUGAAUAGCAUGGGUUAGCGUCAUAUCAGCUUUGUGUUCAAUGAAACAGGCCCAUAUUUCACUCAAAUUUGGAAGUAAAUUUAGAUGACAUCAUUAUUUCAGUCAAUAUCUACUUUUGUGGCAUUUUUGUUCAGUGGUAUGCCAUGAGAUUUGCAAAAUAUGUGCCUUGGCUCAAUAAAGGUUUAGAAACACUGUUGUAUAAUACAAAAAGUCUGAAAAUACUAAUAUGAUUGCCUAGUUCUAAGUUUAUAGUACAUUUGCUGGAAACACCAGGCGCCAUUAAACAUGAAUCCCCUGUUGAAAAUAGCCAUCAACAUCAUCAAUUUGAAAGACUCAAUCCUGCUUUUUGGCUGCUGUCACUAAAACUACACAUUUUCCAGUUUGUCAAGGCGUACUGCCACAGAGGAGAUACCGUGUUUAUUAAUGCGUCGAGUUGUGGAAACAACUUCUGUAAUCCUCCAUCAUGUGACUCAUAGUAAUAAUCACUCCAUAAUAACGAGGGAGGUGCAUGUGCUAGAGUGGGAGGCAGACAGACAAGGACAACUGCUCCACCUGAAGAUCCUAAACAAACCUCACAAGGCCCGGCGCAGCAGAAGGGCGUUUGGAGGCGGGCCAACGGGUGUUCAAGAGUGUGAUGUCCUCAGUGGUCGCUCAGCCCUCCGUUAAGCCCAUGCAGUCGUUGUCGGUGUCGCCUGGCAUCCAGAGGAGACACACGCUUCCCGCCAGCGAAGUCAGACCUCUCAACACGCAGGAUGCCAUCAGCGUGUUUGAGAUCGAGCGAGAAGCGUUCAUCUCGGUGUCAGGCGAGUGUCCGCUGCACCUGGACGAGGUGCGUCACUUCCUCACUCUGUGUCCAGAAUUUUCCAUGGGUUGGUUCGAGGAAGGCCGGCUGGUGGCCUUCAUCAUCGGAUCGCUGUGGGACCGUGAUCGCCUCACCACUGAGGCCCUCACCCUCCACAAGCCACGCGGCUCCACCGUGCACAUCCACGUGCUGGCAGUCCAUCGCACCUUCAGACAGCAGGGCAAAGGUCCCAUCCUGAUGUGGCGCUACCUGCAGUACUUGCGCUGCCUGCCCACCGUGCGGCGGGCCGUGCUCAUGUGCGAGGACUUCCUGGUCUCCUUCUACCACAAGAUGGGCUUCAAGGUGCUGGGCCGCUGCGCCAUCACCGUGGGCACCUUGACCUUCAUGGAGAUGUGGUACCCCAUCAGCGGCCACGCUUACAUGAGGCGGAACAGCGAGGCCAUCCGCUUCCCCAACGCUCCCCUGACUGUGCCACCUGCCCAGAUCGACCAAGACAUGGACGUAUGAUUUAAUCGUUUGGCACUUAAAUGUACACGGUAUAUCCAUUUCCACAUAAUUGUAACCCUUGGAGAUGUUAUUCACAUGCUGUAUAAGAUGUGAUUAUUUUAGAGUUGUUUUUUUUAAGGUUUAUGAAUGUAUGAAAAUAAUCUCCAAACUAGUAAGUGGUCAUGAUGUAGUAUACGGGCUAAAACCAAUCCAUCAAGCAAUUAUGUAUUACAGUUAUUUAAGAAACUGCAGCAUCACCACAGCUUUCUGUGAAAUGCGAUGAGGAAAAUAGUUUGGGUUUUUCAUGAUUUUGGGGUGGUCCGCAGUCUUGUUUCCCACUAAAAUAGAUCUGCCCCUACCCUGAACAGUUCUCCAUAUUCAGAACCAAAACAUUUCACAAUCUGUAAUAAGAUGACAAUCUUUAAAAGCAGUGUCUACUUAAGAAUCAUAAUUGAUUAUAAAUGUGAUAUGUUCACAAAUCAGACCUUGACAAAGAGCAGAAAUAGGAAAAUAUAUUUGCUUCUGAAACAGUAUUAUUAUUAAAAGAGAUUUUUUAUUUUGUUACUGUUGUAGUUGUAAACAAUUACUUUGCAUACCAAAAAAAAAUCGACAUAAAACCAAUUAUUAUUUUUAGUAGUAGUCAUAGUCGUUGUCAGGGGCAUGGCACUCAUGAGGAUGCAGGUGUAACAACCCCCCACACCUAACACUUUUUCAACACCCACACCGAAACAAGUGUUAUUUUAGGCAUAUGCCACCAGCCACUAAAAAUGGACGCAAAUGACCCCCAGGCUGUAGUUUGGACACCGAAGCAAACUUUUGUGCUCAACGGCCACUUUUGAUUUGAUUUGAUUCUUUUUUAAAUGCGCAGAAGGACCAGGUCAUUCAUAGUGGGGUUUAAAAAAAAAAAAAAGUGUGUGUUGUUCUUGUUUUUAAUUGUAUUAUUUAUAAUUGAUGAACUUAUAAUAAAUUAGCUAAUGAUUUAAUAAAAUAAAUUAGAUGUACAGUGAU